GUAGCCUCGGGAAGUAGAGUUCUGCCGGUCUGCACCAUGUCCUGGGUUCCUGUCCUGCUCAUGCUGUUAGUCUCCUGCACAGGUUGUGUUCCUCAGCCUGUGCUGCAUCAGCCACCAUCCAUGUCUUCACCUCUUGGAACCACAGUCCGCCUUACCUGCACCCUGAGCAGCAACUAUAACAUUGGUGUUUAUAGCAUCUACUGGUACCAGCAGAGGCUGGGCAACUCUCCAAGGUUCUUGCUAAGAUACUUCUCAUACUCAGAUCAGCACUGGGGUCCCAAUGUCCCCCAUCGCUUCUCUGGAUCCAAAGAUGUGGCCAGGAACCGGGGGUAUUUAAUCAUCUCCAAACUGAAGUCUGAGGAUGAGGCAAUGUAUUUCUGUGCUGUGGGUCCCCAAAGCAUGGAGAGGGAAAAGAUGGAGAGGGAGAGCAGGGAAGAAAAGGAUCCUGCUGCUUCAGGAUCCCAGAUGCCCCAGGACAUGUAUACCUGAACUGAAGACAAGGUUUCACUCAGAGAGGCUGGUGUGGGAAGGGGGAGGAUAGAAGCAUGGGGCUGCACAGAACCCAGGAGAUAGGGACACUUAGCUCCUUAUUGUCUAGCAGUAUGGCUGUAAACCUCAU